CCCGGUGGAGUUGUCCAGCCAAUGAGGAAACGGGCGCGGUGCCCAGCCGAGUAGUUCCUCCCGCGACUCGGGAGUUUCGCUGUCCUUAACUCUUCAGGCUUCCCCCUGCGGGCCUAGAGCUCCGAUUGGCCACUGUCGCUAUUGUCGAAUCUUUUCUCCAGCCAGCCACAGAACAAGGCGAACCCUCUUUCCCUCUUUUCGGCUACCUUCGGCAUUCCUCGUUGCCGGGGCGUGGUCUCCCAGCGGCGUCUCCUCAUUGGUUAUUUAGGCCGCUCGGCUUUUUCCGGCCGGAGCUGCAAGCAAACGACGUCUUUGAUUGGUUCCAGCUUAGGUUUCGGCUCCACAGCCGAAGCUGGCGGGCGCGGGCUCGGCGAGCGAUUCCCAGACGCCUGUUACGCGGGCGGCGGGGCGCUGGGCGGUGUAAGGCUGGGUGGGGGAGGAAGGAGGCGGAGGACGAGUAGGAAGGGGGAGGGGGGAGUGGGGAAGGGCUAGGCGACUGCGCAGACGGCGCGCCUCGCACAGAGCAGCCCCCGACCCGGCCGAAUGCGGGCUUGUGUCGCCGCCGUCGCCGCCGCCUGGGCCGAGUGACAAAGGAAGGAAGGCAGCGAGGAGGAGCCGUCCCUGCAGCCGCUGACAGGGCUUCGGGCUCGGGGCACAGCGCGGACACUUCCCGAGCAGCCGCUCAGCAGAGGCGAGGGGCGGAGGCCGGCCGUGCCGGGGCCGCGGACGGGGGAGGGGACCCCGAGGGACGGAAGCGGUUGCCUGGUUCCCAUGUCCCCGGCGUAUGGGGAGCAGUCAGGGAGCCGCUGCCUGGGGUCUGAAGGGAGCUGCCUCCGCCGCCGCUGCCGCCAUGGCCGCUGGAUCCAGCCACCGCCUGCAGCUGCUCCUGGCGCAAUGAGGAGAGGAGCCGCCGCCGCCACCGCCCGCCACUGACUCGCGACUGCGCUGCCCUCCGAUUCACCCGGCCGCCGCCGCCGUCAGACCGCCGGAUCCCUCUGCUGCCGGAGCCGCAGCGUUUGCCGUCGCAUCUCCGAGCCAUCUCCUCCCUCCUUCCCAUCCCCCUUCUCUUCAAGCGUGAGGCUCGUGAUCCUUCCGCCGCUUCCCUUCUUCAUUGACUCGGAAAAAAAUCCCCGAGGAAAAUAUAAUACUCAGAGUACUUAUUUUCAAUCAAGUAUUUGCCCUCGUUCACGUGAUAUAUAUAUAUUUUUUAAGGAUUCCACUCCACCCUUUUUCUCCUCUCCCAGGAAAGGGAGGUGAAAGAAUUAUAUUUUCCCCCCAGCUCUAAAUCAUCUAUGUGUUAAAUAUCCGUACCGAUCUGUCUUGAAGAAAUACAUAGCUCCUUUUUUUUUUCUUCUUAAAUAGCUAUACAAAAGGAGUGAAAGGCCAAGAGAACGAAGUCUUUUUUUUUUUUUUCUUGCGGGAGAACUUAAUGCUGCAUUUAUUAUUAACCUAGUACCCUAACAUAAAACAAAAGGAAGAAAAGGAUUAAGGAAGGAAAAGGUGAAUCGAGAAGAGCCAUCAUGUCGGGGCGACCGAGAACCACCUCCUUUGCGGAGAGCUGCAAGCCAGUGCAGCAGCCUUCAGCUUUUGGUAGCAUGAAAGUUAGCAGAGAUAAAGAUGGCAGCAAGGUAACCACAGUGGUGGCAACUCCUGGACAGGGUCCUGACAGGCCACAGGAAGUCAGUUACACAGACACUAAAGUCAUUGGAAAUGGGUCAUUUGGUGUGGUAUAUCAAGCCAAACUUUGUGACUCAGGAGAACUGGUGGCCAUCAAGAAAGUUCUUCAGGACAAGCGAUUUAAGAACCGAGAGCUCCAGAUCAUGAGAAAGCUAGAUCACUGUAACAUAGUCCGAUUGCGGUAUUUCUUCUACUCGAGUGGCGAGAAGAAAGAUGAGGUCUACCUUAACCUGGUGCUGGACUAUGUUCCGGAAACAGUGUACAGAGUCGCCAGACACUAUAGUCGAGCCAAGCAGACACUCCCUGUGAUCUAUGUCAAGUUGUAUAUGUACCAGCUGUUCAGAAGUCUAGCCUAUAUCCAUUCCUUUGGGAUCUGCCAUCGAGACAUUAAACCACAGAACCUCUUGCUGGAUCCUGAUACAGCUGUAUUAAAACUCUGCGACUUUGGAAGUGCAAAGCAGCUGGUCCGAGGAGAGCCCAAUGUUUCAUAUAUCUGUUCUCGGUACUACAGGGCACCAGAGCUGAUCUUUGGAGCCACCGAUUACACGUCUAGUAUAGAUGUAUGGUCUGCAGGCUGUGUGUUGGCUGAAUUGUUGCUAGGACAACCAAUAUUUCCUGGGGACAGUGGUGUGGAUCAGUUGGUGGAAAUAAUAAAGGUCCUAGGAACACCAACAAGGGAGCAAAUUAGAGAAAUGAACCCAAAUUAUACAGAAUUCAAAUUCCCCCAAAUCAAGGCACAUCCUUGGACGAAGGAUCCAUCAGGAACAGGACAUUUCACCCCAGGAGCACGGGUCUUUCGGCCCCGAACUCCACCAGAGGCAAUCGCACUGUGUAGCCGUCUCCUGGAGUACACGCCGACCGCCCGGCUAACACCACUGGAAGCUUGUGCACAUUCAUUUUUUGAUGAAUUACGGGACCCAAAUGUCAAACUACCAAAUGGGCGAGACACACCUGCCCUCUUCAACUUUACCACUCAAGAACUGUCAAGUAACCCACCUCUGGCCACCAUCCUUAUCCCUCCUCACGCUCGGAUUCAGGCAGCUGCUUCACCUCCUGCAAACGCCACAGCAGCCUCAGAUACUAAUGCUGGAGACCGUGGACAGACCAAUAACGCCGCUUCUGCAUCAGCCUCCAACUCUACCUGAACAGCCCCAAGUAGCCAGCUGCGCAGGGAAGACCAGCACUUACUUGAGUGCCACUCAGCAACACUGGUCACGUUUGGAAAGAAAAUUAAAAAGAGGAAAACAAAAACAAAAACAAAAAACCCCUGUUCAUUUUAGUGUUCAAUUUUUUUAUUGUUGUUCUUAUUUAACCUUGUAAAAUAUCUAUAAAUACAAACCAGAUUCAUUGUAUUCUCACUUUUCAGGAGAUCCAAGAGGUGGGGAGGGUUGGAAGGGGAGGGGCAGAGCACUAAACACACAGUCUCUCCCUCGACAAUCUCUUCCUUUCCUUUCUUUUUAAAAUCAGAAUCCGCUAUUGUAUACCGUAACCAGACUCCUGCCUCAUGGCCCACCGCCGCAGAAGACCUGUUCUGUGCUGGUUUACUUUCUGAAUUUGUUUUCUUUUAAAGUCUGGCGUAAGACCGAUACAGUGCACAGCUUGAAAUUGGUUGGGAGCUCGGCAGGCAUUACUCCGCAGGGACUUCCUGUCACUUGUGAAAUGUAUGCUUCUCCUUGGGUAUUUGAAGACUUGCCUUUGGCAUGCUGAUGUCAGGUGUGACAGACAAGAAUAAAGGUGCAUUGUUGGUAGCCCAGGGAGGUCACUAAACUCUGAAGCUCUAAGGGAAGACCCGAGACGAUUACUUAAGGUUUGUUUUGCUCUUGACCAAUGCAAGUGUUGCAGAUGCUGGCUCAGGAAGGCUGCCAAAGCCGAGGGCAGGCGCCGCAGAAUCUGUUGCACCCUGAGGUGGAUCUUGGUUCACCUGAGCAAAGGCCAUCUGCAUAUCUUGUUUUGAGCUGGUGCCCUAGGGUGGGACUGGAGAUGGUGUUGAGGGAGCAACUCUGGGUGCAUCAGAAGGCAAAUGACAGGAAGGCAGCAGGCCAGGGGCAGAUCUCACCACUGUGAAUGAACUUUCCAGCUUGUUCUAAAGUUGUUUCCCUUAGAAAAGAAGACAUCGUAGCUAAGUAAUGUGAACUGUCAAACCAGCCUCCUGCUUUAUUUUCCCUUACUUUAACUGAAAACCAAGCUUGCAAGAAUUGCCACAUUCUUACAAAUAGCUCGAAUUUUAAAUUCAAAUCUAGACUCUGUAUUUAAUUUCUGCUUUUUUUAACAUCAUGCUUUUAAAUUUAUUUAUUGAUGCAUGUCAGAUAGAUAGGCCAUUAUGAUUUUAAAUGGUAGGAUUAUUAAAAAACCACACAUCAAAAUAAUAAAGUCACUUGUAUCUGCUGACUUUAUAGGAAAACUGAUUAUAUCAAUGUGUAUAUGUGUUAUAUAUACAUAUAUUCAAUACUGCCUUCUCUUUUUGUCUACAGUAUCAAAAUUGACUGACGGAAUCAUGAAAAGAAUGUUCCCCAUCACCAUUUAGAGUUUUAUUUUUGUUUUCUUUGUUUAUCAAUGAAUGGUGUAAGAAUCAAGUCUCUUGUUUUUUUGAAGAAAAAAAGCAAUAUUCCUUGAAGAGCAAGGAGGAUUGAAGGAUUUUGUUUGAGUGAGGAACAGAGUUCAUAACUAGUUUGUUGAUACUUGUAAGGUUGGUAUCUUUGUGGGCCUUAUAUACUCUAAAAUGAACCUUGGUGCUUGUGGGCCAUUACUUGACCUAUGAAUCUUUAAGGCACAAUCAGUUAUCUUUUACAUAUAAAGAUCGCUUGAGUGAUGGCCACCGCUCCUUCCCUCCCUCCCUCCCUCCCUUCCUUCCUUCCUUCCUUCCUUCCCUCCUUCCCUCCUUCCCUCCCUCCCUCCCUCCCUCCCUCCCCACACACCUGCUAAGGUUAACUGAUGACUAGGGCUGUAGAACCCUUGGUUAUGUAUGAGACACAGACUCUUACCCUCAUUACCUAACCUUAAGUCACAUUGAGGUCUUGCCCUCCAGGUGUUUAGGAAAAGGAGUCUCUUGGCAGCCCUUAUGUAGGCCCUAGCACCCUGUCAUGCCUCUUCAACCACGUGUGUAACUCUCCAAGAGAGUUGUAUUGCCUGGGGAAAUGAGUCGGUACUAGAAAGACAUCGGUGAGACAUUUGCCUUGGACUCGCCGCUGUGCGGCUGGCUAAUCUCUUCAAGCCACCAAAGGGGCUUCUCAUACCUCCAGUUAGAUCAGACUUGACAAGAACGGAAGCAUAUGGAAAUCAAUGAGCAGGCGCUUUUUGUAAGUGCUUCUGAGAUAAUUACAGUUUGAAAGACUUCCGAAAUUAGAAUAUUUGACAGCAUAGUUCCUUGAAGGGGGCAACUUAGAAGACCAUUUUCAGAAAGGAUUUGUAGAGAAUCUGUGAACAAGCAGGUUUGCGGCCUGAGUGGGGAACCUGCUUUCAGAUUAAACUGCCCAGCCAGACACAGAGUACCCCAGACUUGGUGUGCUUGCUAGAGUCCAUAAAAAUCAGUGCUUGUUUUAGCAAAUACUCCCCACACCCAGAUACGGGGUAAGAGAAGAGUAGAGGAAAGUCAGGUGCUUUUCUCUGUGUGUGCGUGCGUGUGUGCGUGUGUGCGUGCGUGCGUGCGUGCGUGCGUGUGUGUGUGUGCGCGUGUGCGCGAGUGAUUGUGUGUUGGUGUGCGUGCAUAUAUGAGGGCUAAGGUGCAUGAUUUUUUCUUUCUCAAGGAUCAUGGCAGGAUCACAGAACUCUUAUCCAAGUGAGAUCCAGGUCUCUGAAUAUCUUUUUGUAAAUAAUAAUUAAAAGCUCCUCACCAAAUUCAAGCUUGUAUAUUAUAUUUUCUUUCAAUGUUUUUAAAUUUAAGUUUUAUUGUUUUGUAUGUAAAUAUGUGGACCCAGGAACUGUUAUUAAUGAGCAAAAAGUUACUGUUCAGGGCAGUGAUUCUGUUUAAUAACCAGACAAAAAUGUAGACGAGCUUUUUAAAGCCAUAUAGUUUUAACUCUGUACAGUAGGUACCGGCCUGUACUAUUGUAACAAUAACUCUAGCAAUGUAUAGUGUAUCUAUAUAGUUUGGAGUGCCUUCGCUUCCAUGUUUUUGGGUUUCUUGUUUUGUUUUGUUUUUUAAUUUCCUUUAUCCGUGUGUCCCUGUGGCCCCACUCCCUCUGAAGUAACAACAGAACAGCACCUUUGCCUACUCCACAGUUCCCCUGGGGAGAGGAACCCCUGUUGGAAAUCUCACUUCAUUCUGGCCUCGCCUUUGUUUUGGUUCUGGGUGUGUCUGUCUCCUUGGUAACGGUGACAUCCAUCCGUUUGUCUGUUCAGGGACUUGGUUGGGUGCUGGGGGGUCCUAGAGCUGGAGGGUGUCAGAUAGAUUGGAUUUUGCUCGUCUUUUCUCCCAGCCCUAAGGUGGAUCGUAAGCAGAUUCUGGGAGCCCCCGUGCUCACUCCCUCCUUACCUACUUCCCUCCCAAACGAGAGAGAAAGAUUGGUUUUAUUUUUUAAAAAAUAAAUCACUGUCCUGGUGGCGCUUGCGUGCCCCGGUGACAUUGUUAGUAGUUACUGCAGAGGUGCUGUGCAGACGAGGGCUGUCGAGUGGACUCUGAGCCCGUUCCUCCCUCCUACCAUCUUGCUGGAUGAAAUAGCAUUUUAAUUUCUUUUUUAAAAAUCAGUUUCUUAACUGUGCCGAAUAUGGCCUUUUUGAAAGGAAAAAAAGUAUUCGUUUUGCCACCAACUACUUCAUGUGUCUUGAAUAGAAGAAGAAAAACAAAAACACAAAAAUCACUACCAAACCAAAGGUUGCUAUUUUUGAGGCAUCACGAGCUCAUUGCGCACGGCAGGAGAAUGCACCUUCUCUCCCAUGACAUACUGUCAGGCUUUUUAAGUCCUUAAUUCUUUUUUAGACCCACUUCUUAGGUUUGUGUUUGAGCAAAGUAUGCCUGCACGGCCAUCUUGUCCACACCAACGCAGAGGUCCUGAGAGGACUCCUGUACUCUCUAGCCCUGUGGAUGUAAAGACACUGGCAUUUCUGUUACCUUCUCUUCCCUUCGCAAGGGUUUUAACUUUGGAGUCUUCCAAAGAAAGUUUGGCCAAUGCCAGAUCUCCCAGAGUUGGGGUUUUUGUUACUAUUUUUUCUUCGUUUUAAAUCAAAAUUGUGUCUGGUUCCUAUUUACACUACUGAUUGUUCUAAUCCCAGAGAUGAACACGUUUCUCCCCUGUAUGAAAAGUAAGCACCCUUUAUGGUGAAACCUGUCUCUCCUGGUAGAAACUGAAGCCACUGAAAACCAACAGCUAGAAGCACAGGAGAAUCCCAGGUGAAGGUCUCCCUUGAGAGUCUUCGGAAGCCAUCCUUUGGGUUUGGAUCCUUUUCACAGGGCUACGCCAUUUUACUCAAGUCCGUUGCUCCGUUGUGCAGUCUCCACAAUACAAGCAAAAUGACAGCCAGUACAUAAGGGGUUAGCUUGACAAAGUAGACUUCCUUGUGUUAAUUUUUAAGUUCUUUUCUUAACUAUAUCUGUCUAUAGGCAGAUACAGAUAGGUCUAUGGAAAUGUGCUUGCCUGUAAAAUUUGCAUUUAUAAAUGUGUUGCGAUGGAUCACUUGGGCCUGUACACAUCCGAUUAGCGUGACCGCUUCCAUCAUAAAAACAAAUCUAAACAAAAUUUAUUAUUAUUAUAUAUAUACAUAAAGGACUGUGGGUUGUAUACAAACUAUUGCAAACACUUGUGCAAAUCUGUCUUGAUAUAAAGGAAAAGCAAACGCUGUGUAACAUUACUACUUGAAUGCCUCUGUGACUGAAUUUUUUUUUCAUUUUAAAUAUAAACUUUUUUGUGGAAAGUAUGCUCAAUGUUUUUUUCCCCCUUUCCCCCACUCCCUUGUAAAUACAUUUGGUUCUAUGUGACUUGGUUUGGAAAUAGUUAACUGGUACUGUAAUUUGCAUUAAAUAAAAAGUAGGUUAGCCUGGUAAUGAAAUUAAAAUCCCCAAGUGUGUGGUCUUUAUUUCAGUGCCCACCCCUCUUUCCGCACCUACCUACUUUACCAUUACAACAUGUAGUCGCACACUGCCAUCUCACCCCUCACUGGGGAAACACGAACCCUUGUUCUAAAAGCCAGGACUCUCAUUUGAAAUGACCUUGCUCUGAUGUGUAGACAGGAGGUGCAGCUUCUGGCUUGGAAACCCCUGGACUUAAUGUAGAGAAAGCUUUGCAGACACUGCUUUGGGGGAAAGAAGUCCCUGAAAGGGACAGUUGUAAAAACAUGUAUAAGCGGCCGUCUUUGGUUGCUGUGUCCAUGGUUUGGUGUGGCUGUAUUUAUUUUAACUUCCAUAUUCUUAGUAACGGUCGUUGGGAGUCUCUGUAAACCAUGAACACCACGGACAUUGGGUCUGUACCACCCAUGUAACCAACACGUGUUCGAGUCUGCUCAUUUCCAAUACUGGAUAAUGUAUGUUAACAUGUUAUGUCUCUUAGUGCAAACAGAAACACCAUUUUUUAGGGCUGGCUCAUGGUCAGGCCUAAAGGUUAGAUAUAAGGUCAUGUGACUGCUGCUUCAAUAAAGACAAAUUUAUAUUCGA